AUGAGAACCCGUAAAUCAAACCGUUCAAAAAGAUACUCCGAGGCCAUCGACUACGGACUCGAUGACGACGAAGAUACCAACCGAACGCCAACACGACGCGCUGCUCGUGAAGCUUCCGAUGAUGACAACUUCGUCGUCGACACAGGGGCCGCGCCAGCAGAGGAUGAUGAUUUCAUCGCGCCAGACGAGUCGGAUGUCGACAUAAAGGACGACUCAUUCCUUGUAGUCGACAGUGACGAGGAUGCGAACGGCACAGGCAACGUGAAUCGCAAGAAGCGAAGCUACCACAAUCGCAGGAAAUUACCACCUGGCCAUGACGCGAACGCCAUGGAUCCGUAUCCGCAGGAGUCCCGGUUCACACAGACGCGAAUACAUCACGGAAUAUUCUCUUCCUGGAUACGCACGGCAUUCUGGGAUGACUUUUACGGGCCCGAUCCCCAUGCCGCUGCGCAAGCUGCUGACAUGUUCCGCAAAUGGGCACCAUACGAGGUCUUGCCAUGCAAACUGCUGGACGAGGAAUGGGCCCUACAGCCGACACCGUGGGUUCGCGAUGACUUUGAGGCCCUCGAGGCUGCGAUCGCGCGCGAGUGGUACGAGCGCGUUCGGAAGGUGCACCAUGGCCAAGUCCAGCGACCGUUGGACGAGCUCGAGGCGACGCCGUACCUGUCUUCGACCGACGGGGCACUGAAAAUUCUUAGCGGACCAUAUCCUGAUCAGCAGCAGUGUAGCCUUGACCCCAACGAAACUACGGUCCUAUCUUCGGACGGCCUCCCAUACGGUUCCGAUACCAUGGAGACGGACAAGACGGUCGACAAGCCCGCCGGGUGGAUGUUCGAUGUCGGCGGUCUCGUCCUGGGCAUGAGCUGGCUUCCCCGGGCGACGACAACGACGCAGAUCCUUGCACUAGCCGUGAGCCCCUUUACCGACCAAGACUAUGACUGGCAGCAAGAGCAAGACUAUGUGAACGAUGAGAUGGAGCGGGGCCGCAUUCAGCUGUGGGAGUUCAAGGGGGAGCAGGCAGAGAAUGGUGUGAAGUAUCCGUCAAGGGAACGACCUCGGCUUCUUCAGACUAUUUGUUUCGAUUGGGGCAGGGCGAAGACUAUGCAUUGGUGUCCGGUACCUUCGGCUGUUGAAGGUCACCUGGGUCUGCUUGCUGUCUUGUGCAACGACCGCCAGGUUCAUAUACUUGACUUGCAAGAACCUGACAAGGAGUCAAGUCCUUACAAUCGAGACUUCCAUGGCCACUAUAGGAAGUUUACCGGGUCUUCCAGCAAGUGUCACUAUAUUUGCUUGGUCUGGAACCAACCGCAUUGUCACUGCACACACAGACGGAUCCAUUGCCCUUUGGGUCUCUCCAUCCUCCGAAGUGCCUCUCAAGACAUGCCGUACACAGCACACACGUCUACCACUUAG